UACACAUUGAAAAGAAUUAAAAAUGGGAAGCAUGUUUAUGUUGGGAAUGUGGUUGUUCCUAUUGGUGUCACCAUUUCCACUUGCAUUCUCGGAGCGGUGCCACCCACAUGACAAAAAAGCACUGCUCCAACUGAAGAAAGACCUCAACAACCCUUAUAUCUUAGCCUCGUGGGACCCAAAUGAGGAUUGCUGCGAGUGGUACUGCGUCAAGUGUGACGAGAAAACCAACCGCAUUUACGACCUCGACAUAUCGUCCUCUGUGCCAGACACCAACCUCUCAGGCCAAAUACCUCCCUCUGUGGGUGACCUUCCUUACUUGGAGUCCCUCACUUUCCAUAAGCUCCCCAACCUCGUCGGCCCAAUCCAGCCCACCAUCGCCAAACUCACCAAACUCAAGUACCUCAUUAUCACCAACACAGGUAUCUCCGGCCCAGUACCUGAUUUUUUGGCCCAACUCCAGAGCCUCGACUUGAUCAAACUUUCCUUUAACAGCCUCUCCGGCACUAUUCCCAGCUCCCUAUACCAACUACCAAUCCCGGGCUCAUUCGGAUCCUUCAACAAGCCCGGCCCAGAUCUCAUCCUCUCUCACAACCAGCUUUCAGGGCCCAUUCCCUCUUCCUUGGGGAACUUGGACCCCGAAAGGAUCGACUUGUCAAGGAACAAGCUCCAAGGCGAUGCCUCCGUGCUUUUCGGGAACAACAAAAGGACCCAGAUACUUGACCUUUCUAGAAACUUGUUCGAGUUUGAUCUUUCUCCCUUGAAGUUUCCCACCAAGAGUUUGAUAUGGCUUGAUCUCAAUCACAACAACAUUUAUGGGACCAUUCCUUUGGCCCUCACCAAAGUGGAAAACCUGCAGCAGUUCAACGUCAGCUAUAAUCGAUUGUGUGGUGAGAUACCUCAGGGUGGCCAGUUACAAAGGUUUGAUGAGUAUUCCUAUCUUCACAACAAGUGUUUGUGUGGCUCCCCUCUUCCUCCAUGCAACUCUUACUCUAUGGCGGACAUCUAAUCUAUUAUCAGAAUAAUAUACAUCACUUCAAUCGCCAUGUUUAUGUUUUAAUAACAUGUGUGUCAUUUAGACAUGUACCAUGUUCAACUCAUAAGUUGAAGUGCAUCUUUACUUUCCUUUAUC